CCAACGAAGCAGCUCUGACAGGGCGGCCGGAGGGAGGGGCUGCAGCUCCUAAAGAGGCAGCCGAGCUAAGUGCCUGAAGGACCCCAUCCGUCACCAGGACUCCAGGCGACUGAGCGGGCGGCGGGCGGGGCUUCGGCCGGUCUCCUCGGUAGACGACGGGCUUCGCAGGGGCCGACUCUGCCCCGAGGAGCCCGGGGGCGUCGUUGGGGCGACUGCGAAGAGGGGCUGAGGCCCAGUCCCCACGCGGGGCCGCCAUGAUCCACGAGCUGCUGCUGGCGCUGCGCGGCUACCCGGGCGGCCUCUUUGUGGGCGGCGGCCUGCAGGUGUCCCCGGAGCCUCCGCCGUUCCUGCACCCGAGCGAGGCCGCCCUCCUGGCCCGCGUCUGCCGCCUGGGCGCGCUCUACGUCCGCCUGCACGAGUUCAUCGAGCAGUUCGCCGAGCACGCCCUGCCGCCGCCGCUUCCGCCGCCCGCCGCCCCGCCGCAGGAGGUGCUGGCCUCUCCGCCCGGGAUCUACCUGCGCGCCUUCUGCACCGGCCUGGACGCCGUGCUGCAGCCCUACCGGCAGGCGCUGUUGGGCCUGGAGCAGGAGUUUCUGGCUGAUCCUCAUCUUACCAUCUCAUACGUCAACUAUUCUCUGGACCAGUUUCAGCUCUUGUUCCCCUCAUUGAUGACUGUAGUAGAGCAGAUAAAGAUCCAGAAGAUUCACGGUUGUCAGAUCUUGGAGACAGUCUACAAAUACAGCCGUGGUGGCUUGCCGCCGGUGCGUCAUGCUUUGGAGAAGGUUUUGGCCAUGUGCCAUGCCGUUCUCUACAAACAACUCUCUGCCUGGAUGUUGCACGGGUUGCUCUUGGACCAGCAUGAGGAAUUCUUCAUCAGGCAGGGCCCCUCCCUGGGGCUCACCCCGGCCCAGCCAGAAGAAGACGACGAUGAUCUGGGCAUUGGAGGACUCACAGGGAAGCAGCUGCGAGAACUGCAAGAUAUGAGGCUAAUUGAGGAAGAGAACAUGUUGGCCCCUUCUCCAAAACAGUUCUCUCUGCGGAUGGAGAUGCUGCCUUCCUACAUUCCAGCUCGUGUCGCUGAAAAAAUCCUCUUUGUAGGGGAAUCUGUGCAGAUGUUUGAGAGUCAGAAUGUGACUCUUACCAAAAAAGGCUCCAUCCUGAAGAACCAGGAGGAGACUUUUGCUGCUGAGCUGCAUCGUCUCAAGCAGCAGCCCCUCUUCAAUCUGAUGGACUUUGAAUCUGUGAUUGACUGGAUCCGGAGCACUGUGGCUGAGCACUUGUGGAAGCUGAUGGUGGAAGAGUCUGACUUGAUAGGCCAGUUGAAGGUCAUUAAAGAUUUUUACCUCUUGGGGAGAGGAGAAUUGUUUCAGGCCUUUAUUGAUACCGCACAGCACAUGCUAAAGACACCACCAUCCGCAGUGACUGAGCAUGAUGUGAAUGUGGCAUUCCAGCAAUCAGCCCACAAAGUGCUCUUGGAUGACGACAACCUCCUGCCCUUUCUUCACCUGACCAUCCAUUACCAUGGAAAGGAACCCCGAGACCCUUCCCAGAACCGGGAAAUUUCUUCUCGAGAACUAUCUCCCCAUGAGUCCCCCACAUCCGGCUGGGCUGCCUUGGGGCUCUCCUACCAAGUUCAGUGGCCUUUGCACAUCCUCUUCACACCCGCUGUCCUGGAGAAGUACAACGUGGUCUUCAAAUACCUGCUGAGUGUGAGGCGUGUCCAGGCCGAGCUGCAGCACUGCUGGGCUCUGCAGAUGCGGUGCAAGUGCCUGGAAUCCAGGCGGACGGAUGCCAUCAAGUGGCGGCUACGCCAUCACAUGACUUUCCUUGUGGACAAUUUGCAAUAUUACCUGCAAGUGGAUGUCCUCGAGUCUCAGUUCUCACAGCUCCUUCAGCAGAUCAACUCCACCCGUGAUUUUGAGAGUAUCCGAUUGGCCCACGAUCACUUUUUGAGCAACCUCCUGGCCCAGUCCUUCAUUCUCUUGAAACCGGCUUUUCACUGCCUGAAUGAAAUUUUAGAUCUCUGCCAUAGUUUUUGUUCAUUGGUCAGCCAGAACCGAGGGCCCCUGGAUGAACGGGGUACAGCCCAGCUGAGCAUCCUAGCUAAGAGUCGUCCUUCAUUUGGACCCGGCCUUCCUACCAAAAAUCAACACGUUGUUCCACAGGGCUCAGGAGCUCAUCCUUCCGGAUUUCUGUCCCCGCCCUUCCCAUCCGCAGGAACGCCAGUGGCACCACCUGGAUGUGCGCAGGACUCUUCGACGCUAUGUGAAGUGUACUGGGACCUUCAGACGGUCGGAAGCACUUUUUGUAUCCUUUCAACCAUCAUCCAUGGGGCAAAAGGUGUCUUCCCAUACCAUCAGCCGAUGGUUAAAGGCGUGCAUUGCUCUUGCUUAUGACAGCCAAUAUCGACCGGUUCCCAGGCGCAUUACUCCUCAUUCUACCAGAAAUGCAGCUACCACAGCAGCCUGGGCUACGCAAGCCUCAGUGGAAGAAAUUUGCAGGGCGACUACUUGGUCGUUGCCAUCACCAUUAUUCGACAUUACAAGGUUGACGUGUUUGCCUCGGCUGAGGCUUCUUUUGGGCGGCAAGUGUUGCAAAGGGUGAUUUCUUCUCCGGGGCACCCUGACCAGCCUAGCUCCCGCCCUGACACUUAAUUGCUUUGGCAUGUCCCAUGCUUGGAUUCCACAAGCAGCACACAGGAGAAUGACCGUUGACUUACCUGAAUGGUCCUUCUAUGUGUGCUGCGAGGGGAAUCCAAACCUGCCCGCAGUUUCGGCUGGCCAGGGCUAUCUCAUGACUCGAUGACUGAUCCUUAUCUGUUUCCUGACUUGACUUUACUCUGGACGUGACUGUUAAGACUUCUUUUGGCUACGGCCAUCAUUGACAUUGCUACACAUCAUUAACCGGCUGACUUCGUACAAAACUGACCCAUCCAGUCAGAGGAGGCGUGGUCAACAUUUACAUAACUCAGUCUCUAGGAUAAUGGACAAAGUUAACCCAUGCUUAGAUUCCCCUUGCAGCACACAUAGAAGGACCGUUCAGGUAAGUCAACAGUCGAUUUGCACACAUGCUCUUUAGAGACAUUUUUCAUUUUGAAAAGAGGGUGGUCCUUGCUCAGCCCACCUCCCCAUUUAAGGCUAACUCCAUGCCCCUCCCCCCCGGUAAAAGAUCCCCUUUUCAGGUGAGUCUUUCCUGAGGCACCAAGGGAGCUUGUCAGAGGGUGGCCCAAUCCAGCUCUCCUACACAAGGGAUGGGUCGGUGGAAUUGAUCAGCCCUGGUGCAGCCAUCGGCAGAUUCGGUGAGGAUGAAAAUCCUCUGCUCCCCUCCUGUUUCCAGCCCAGGGCUGGGAGAAGCAGCUCUCCCUUAGAAACCGGGCCCACGGACUUCAGAUCAAGCGGGAGGACAGUCUGGUUUGGGAGCACUCCCUGCUUACAGCUACAGGUAGCCCUUGACCUACAACCAUCCAGACAGUGACCGCCCUUGAAGCUCCACCAUCCCAGCAAUCCCAUAAUCUGAAUCUGGGUGCUUGGCAAUUUUUUCACACUUACAACUAAUUGCCAUGCCCCAUGAGCUGCUGUUUGCAGCUUUUCUAUAGAAAUUCCACAGGGAAGCCCGGGGGGAGAAGGUUGAAUGUUGCUGGAGUUAGCCUUCCUGGCCUACGCACCCUCCCCCAGCUCACACCAUGGUGGCCACUCACCCACCUCCUAGCACCCUCCUCACACCUUUCAUGAAACCCCUUGCAACAUCCCCAACCCUUCCUUCAUUCAGCAAUAGCCACUUACAGACCUGUAGGCCUGCGAGUUGCUACUUCCUGCUGGCUUCCCCACUGAUUUUGGUUGUGGGCAGCUAGCAGGAAAUUGCCUUAGCUAACAACAGUGGGAUUCAGUUGACAACAGCAACCAGGACUGCAAGGAUUGCUACCACAUUUUACAACCGCUUCACUUAGUGAUGGAAAUUCUAACCCGUUGCUAUCAUAAGUCAAGGACUGCUGUAUUGCAAAGCCCAGGUCAGUAGAGAAAGGAUGGAAAGGGUCAUUCACUCAUAGGAUUAUUAAUGAGCCUAAUCAUCCUGAGAUGCUGUUCCACACUUCUGGAAGCAACAGAUAACCUGUGCUCUUGACUAACAGCAAAGAGAUGUCCUUAGGCAGUCCCUUACUUGCU